UGAAAAAAAAAAAUUGCUUCUCUGAAAGAGAGGCAAAUGUCGUCGCUGGGAUCGGGGUUAGUGCUGGAGAUGGCCAAAUUCGCCUCCUACCUCGCCGUUCCCGCCGCCUUCACCUUCGCCAUCGCCUUCGACUCCAACACCACCCUCCACAAGCUAAUGGGCUUACAUUCCUACGUGAAUUAUCCACAAGAAGCUCAUCGUCCUCCAUCACUCGAGGAGCUCAAGGAGAUGGCUGGAGAAAAUAUUCCCAAGAAUAACUGACGUACAUGUAAUAAAUAUUAUCUCAAUAUGUAAGUUUAUGUCGAUUCAAAUUUCACUCUUCAAAUCACUGAAACAGAAGGCGGAGAGCCUACUAAAAUAUAUUUGGUAAAUAAAUAAUCAGUGGCAACUUUGGGAUAUGAAAGAAAUACCAAGAACAUAGCAACUUCACUGUUUC